AUGGCGCAAAUCAAUGUGCCAGCCUUCUCCUCGACAUCCUUGACGGGAGAUGACUUCACCUUCAACGACUUGUUCCCAUCUGGCGGGACAACGGACACAGUCGGAGCGCAAAUCGACAUCGACUGGGAUGCACUUGGUGAUAUCUCUACACAAACCCUUAAGACUAGCCUGCCCCGUUUGAAUGACCCGAUGCCGAAAGUUACCUCCAGCGGGCCAUUUCUCCUCUGUAAUCCCGACGGCGUUUCGCCCAAUCUUGACCCUGAGAAUCUUCUUCAACCCCAGAAACUUCCGUCAUCUGCUUUGACUAUUCGAGAUGGAUAUUCCUCAACUCUUUCCGGGCCUGCACAGCCCUAUGAGCGACCAGAAUCAAACUUCCUAGCCCGACUCCCGAUAUCAGACCCCGUCUCGCAUUUCAUCGCAACUAGUGUCAUACAGAUGAUUCGUACUUACCCACUGAUGAUGCUUCGUACAGAGACACUUCCUUCUUUCAUACACGGCCACUGGUAUCGUCCCUCAGGUGGUAUAGAGCCUUCCUUGCCUGAGCCACUUGUCAAUUGCAUGGGCAUAGCACAGAUCUUUGCUUCUCAUAAUACCGAGAGCAAGCCUUUCUUAUGGCGCAUAGUCAAGAUAGAGCAGCGCUCCUUUAUUGAAAAGAACGACCAACGCCAAUUCUCUAGAGAAGACCUUCUCGCAGCUAUACAAGCCCAGAUUAUGUAUGUUAUUAUGCGAAUCAUCGAUGACUCGAAAAUGGACCAGGGUAUGAAUCUUGAAAUGCUUGUCACUCAUGAGAUCCUUUGCGAGAGCCUCGUGCAACUGUGCAACGAACCGUUCUGCCAAGAUGAGAGACUAUACCCGAGUAGCAGCUGGGAAGAUUGGGUUUUUGCCGAAUCUAAGAGAAGGACUGCAUUAGUGUGGUUCCUCAUUGCUCAGACGAUCCACAUCAAGACUGGCGUAUCGUGCGAGACGAUCAGUGGCUUCCAAGAUCUCCCCCUAUGUUCCCCCAAGUCACUUUGGGAAGCAAAAACACGUUCGGCAUGGCAGGCAGAAUAUGAGAUGUACCAGUCCAUGCCGCGGAAUGGGCCAGACGUGUUUGGAGACCUCAUUGAUGCCUGUAAGCAGAGCGAUACGGGGUCCGGCAGGCUGAAAUUGGACACCUGGAAUGCUAAUGCGGAUAAUCUUGGUAUUAUACUUAGUAUGAGCGCUGCGAUGAUGGCGAAGGAUUGAGGACACCUUGAUACUAUUACUUUCAUAGUUUUAUUUUCUUAUUGAAUAGGAUCUAGGUCACGGUGGAGUCUCGUUUUACGAAACUGAGUGCUUCAAUUUGAUUUGG